AUGCCCAUCGCCAACGUGCUCAAGGGCCUGCUCCACAAGCACGACAACCAGCGAGCGCGCGACAACCCCGCGUCCACCCACUCCCCAUCCUCGUCGUCCUCGCAGGCGUCAUCGCGCCAACAACCCCAGCAGGCUGCCCUCCCGUCCCAGCCAGAGCCCGCACACCUCCCCGCAGACUCGUCCAGGUCCAGGUCCCCGCCCCAGUCUUCGUCCGCCGCCGCCGCCAUGAACCAGCAGCCGAUCACGGCUGGCUCGGCCUCGGGAGGUCAGCACACCCAGCAGCAGCAGCAGAUGUCGCAGGCGACGCAGGCAAAGGCAGAGGACCUCGUGCGCAAGGACGCAGAGGCAAAGGCCAAGCGCGACCAGAGCGUCUUUGAGGGUCUCCCCGAGGGACUCUUGCUCGGGAGGAAGAUGGGCGACGGCGCGUUCUCCAACGUCUUCGAGGCGACGCUCCGACCAACACCCGCACAGCUCGCCAUCGACCCGUCCCUCGGCAAGUCCGCCAAGGUCGCCGUCAAGUGUGUCCGCAAGUUUGAACUCAACUCGUCCCAGCAAGCGCAAGGCAAGCAUGUGGGCGAGGCGGUCAAGAAGAAGCCGAGGGCGACAGAGCGCGCCAACAUCCUCAAGGAAGUGCAGAUCAUGCGCGGCCUGAACCACCCUUCCAUCGUCCGACUCCUCAACUUUACCGAAUCCCGCGAACACUACUACCUCACCCUCGAGUUGAUGGGCGGCGGCGAGCUUUUCCACCAGAUCGUCAAGCUCACCUACUUUUCCGAAGAGCUCUCGCGACAUGUCAUCCUCCAAGUCGCGCAGGGCAUCCGCUACCUCCACGAAGAAAAGGGCGUCGUUCACCGUGACAUCAAGCCCGAAAACAUCCUCUUCGAAUCGAUCCCGAUCAUCCCCUCGAAAGUGCCCAAGCACCGACCGUACGACGAGGAGAAGGAGGACGAGGGCGAGUUCAUCCCCGGCGUCGGUGGCGGCGGGAUCGGUCGCGUCAAGAUUGCCGACUUUGGCUUGUCCAAGAUCGUCUGGAACGAGGAGACGAUGACGCCGUGCGGGACGGUCGGGUACACCGCGCCCGAGAUCGUCAAGGACGAGCGGUACUCCAAGUCGGUCGACAUGUGGGCUCUCGGUUGCGUCCUCUACACGCUCCUGUGUGGCUUCCCGCCGUUCUACGACGAGUCCAUCCACGUUUUGACGGAGAAGGUCGCCAAGGGCUACUACACCUUCCUCAGCCCGUGGUGGGACGACAUCUCGGCUUCCUCCAAAGACCUUAUCACCCACCUCCUCGACACCGACCCGGAGAAGCGGUAUACCAUCGACGAAUUCCUCGCACAUCCGUGGUGCAAGGCCAAGCCCGCUCCUCCCGCCGUCACGCCCGGCACGCUCGACUCGCUCAACCUCAAGCCCGUCCCGCGGUACAUGCCGAUGGACUCGCCCCUCCUCGCGCCUGGCGGCAUGCGCGCGAUGCCCUCGCCUGGCGUCGCGCACCUCAAGGAGGCGUUCGACGUCACGUACGCCGUGCACCGCAUGGAGGAGGAAGGACGGAAUCGGCAGAAGGGCCGCGGAGGGUUCCUCCAGGGGUUGAACGAGGUCGACGAGGACGAGGCGGACGAGCAGGACCUCGAGGCGACCAAGAGGCGGUACGGCGCAGAGGUCUCGCGCGCGAUCGAGCAGAAGCGGCGCGACCUCCAGGACUUGUCCAAGCAGCGCGGUCCGACCCAGUCGGCAGCCGAGGCGCAACGAGCGGCGCAGAACUACGCGGGCUACGGUGGCGCAGAUCGCAAGCAGGCCGAGGCGGCGCUGUACGACGGACGAGCGGGUGCGCGAGAUCGCGGCAAUGCCAACGCGGCACGACGAGGACGCAACGGCGGCUUCGAGCUGGCCCUCGACCGCGCGACCCUCCUCGGGCGCCGCAAGCACGACGUCGCGAUGCCUUCUCCCAUGCGUAUAGACUGA